GAGCAACGCGGAGCGCGGGAGACGGGACCCGAGCGCUCCGUUGCUGGUGGCGCGGGUCGGCGGGCACCCCACGGCGGAGUCCCCACCCAGCACCGCACAGACCCCACCCCCGCCCUGCGCCAGCCUCCGCCCCUGCCGAGGACCCCUGACACCAGCAUGGACUGCUGCACCGAGAGCGCCUGCUCCAAGCCGGACGACGACAUUCUCGACAUCCCGCUGGACGAUCCUGGCGCCAAUGCGGCCGCUGCCAAAAUCCAGGCGAGUUUCCGAGGCCACAUGGCGCGGAAGAAGAUAAAGAGUGGAGAGCGCGGCCGGAAGGGCCCGGGUCCGGGGGGACCCGGCGGAGCUGGGGGCGUCCGGGGAGGCUCGGGCGGCGGCCCCAGCGGAGACUAGGCCAGAACUGAGCAUUUUCAAAGUUCCCAAGGAGAGAUGGAUGCUGUGUCCCCUUCGCAGUGACAAGACUUCCCUGCCGUGUUUGUGAUCAUCUCCUUCUCACCAACCUGCCAGCUCCAGGAGCCCUCCCUACGUCCCCAGAGACUCCUUCUCCCAGGCAGGCUCCGUCGAGGAGUUGUUAAGUCCGUGCCCUUUUAGUUAGUUCUCCAAGCUAGUAUGGUCCCCAUUCGCCCUUCCUAUCGACUGAGCCCCAAACCCCGCGCUCCCGAGCCCUCCUUCGUUUGCUUCUCGCCCACCGCUCCCGCACCCAGCAUGCCGCUCUGCCUCCGCAGCCUCCGUGCGCCUCCAUGCGCGCACUGUGGAGGGCGCCCUAAGCGUCGCCCAGGUACACGCCAAAAAAAGUCUUUCCGUUCUGUGCGCAGCUAUAGGGGGCGACCUGCGUCUCUGUACUGUUCCCGCCCAGCCUAGCCCCAGAAUUUUGGAUUUGGGGCAAGGAGAGAGGCGAAGAGGGUUUUUAUAGUGUCGGAUACCUCUCGCUCUGAUCAGAAGAGAAGUCCGUGUUUCACACCCUGACCCCACGCCUGCCUGUGAUCUGCCCUCCCCGCUCCCCACCGCACCCUGAGAACAGCCUCUCCAGCUCCCCCUUGUUUAACAAACGCUGAGAGCCGGAGAGGCUGGGUGGGAGGAGUCGGCCGCGGCCCCGCCCCUGCUCCUGCUGGCCCCGCCCCCUCCGGGCUCCUGGGGCUGAGGCCGGAAGGUUUUUAUCUCCGUGUGUGCAUGUGACUGUGCUGGGUUGGAAUGUGAACAAUAAAGAGGAAUGUCCAAGUG